GACAGGCGCGAGCGCAAUAAUAUGCCAACGGGGGUGUGCUUAUGGUGAGCAGAGUGGAGCAGACGGAUAGAUAUUCACUCAGACCGAGAGACAGAUUUUGCCACUCCGAAGAGCAAAGACUACUAGCAAUGAAAAAACAGGCUAAAUAACGACCUAGUUCAACUUUGCAGAUCAUUUGUUGUCCUCUCUCCCACAUUUUCUACGACAACAGCGGAUGCAUGUUGUAGUAGGCUAUCAUAUCGAUCUCAAUUCGCGUGAGCGCAAGCCGCAUAAUCUUUUUCAUAAUGUGGGCGUGAGGGAGAGUAAACGUAGAACUAGGUAGGAUAGCGGGGAGGGCUAGUGGUAAGCGGCUCACAGCCUUUACGAGCCGCAGGCUAUAGUCUCCGCUAGACCGACCAAGAGGCGAAGAGGAGGCAAGUGGGCCGAGAUACCAGUCAGAAUGUCGAACCGAAAACACCGGGACAACCAAGAGAUAUGCGCCCGCAAGGUACGCGAACUCGCCCAAGCUGGAGUAAACAAACACUGCUUCGAGUGCAGCCAACCCGGGGUGACAUACAUCGAUAUCACAGUGGGUUGCUUCGUGUGCACGUCGUGCUCUGGAAUGUUGCGAGGACUCAACCCUCCCCAUAGAGUGAAGUCUAUCUCCAUGACAACCUUCUCCCAACAGGAAGUGGAGUUUCUGCAAAACCAUGGCAACGAGGUUGGCAGGAGGACUUGGCUGUGUGCGUUUGAUCCAAAGACAGACGGGUGCUUUGACACAAGAGACACCCAGAAACUGAAAGAGUUCCUUCAAGACAAAUAUGAGAAGAAGAAAUGGCAUUUUUCCAAGAGUAAGAAUCGUAGGGAAGUGGAGGGUCCCUGGGCCUCGGGGGUCCAGGUAUUGUCUCCAGCCCAGGGACCCCUGCCUGCUCAGGCCCCCUCCCACUCCAUGCCCCCCACAGCAAGACCCACACGGACACUGUCCCAGUCCCAGGUCUCCUCCUGGGACCGGGCGCCCCUCGCCGUGUCCCCUGCCGAUAUGAGGACCGAUGUCUUCACCGCUCGGCCCUCGCGAUCCCAGAGCUUCAGAGACCCCCCAAUGAAAGAUCCUCUUCUUUGUGGAAUAGAGAGACAGCGUCCAGGGUCUCUCUCCUCCGCCAUGGGAGCCCAAAGUCACACCCCUUCAUUUCCCGCCCUCCCCAGACCCUCAGCCAGUAGCACUUUCAAAAACAGCUUCACUUUAGCAAGUCGUACGGUGUCUGCCUCGGGUGGCUCGGCGCCCUUCAGGGCCUUCCCCAAGUCUCUGAGUGUGGACUUUGGGGGUCUCGGCCAGCAGCACGGUGCCCUCAGUGUGCCCCCCCAGGCCCCCAACUCAAACCCCCAGGACAGGUAUGCGGCGCUGUCUCAGCUAGAGGGGGUCUUCUCUGACGCUUCUCCCGGCACUGGUAAAGCGCCACCCGGUGGAUUGCCGCAGUACAGCACCCUGUUUGGAAACAGGCUGUCUUCUAGUUCAACCCCUGCCAGCUCGCCAGGGGUAGAAACUGCCUCCAACUCCCAAACAUUUGCAAUCUCAGAUUUCCCCAACCCAUUCAGCUCCGGCUCCUCUUCCCAGCCUGCUCUCUCCCCCAGUAACCCCUUCAACAACACCUCGGGAGGUGACGCUGGGGUGUUCACCACCUCUCCCACCUCAGUGUUCCCCCCCUCGGCUACUUUUCCCUCUCCCGCAUCCCAGAAUGCAUUUCCCCAUGAGCAGACCAGCAACCAGGAAGCCAAUGGUUUUGCCUCAUUCCCUGCCCCCGAAUCUCAGCCCAAAGUUCCUCGUCCAAUGUCAGUGAACCCCUUCACGGGGAAUGUUUACCCCAGCAGAGGAACCUCACGAAAUCCUUUCAUCUGAUACGGGUGCCCGUGGGCCUCUCAACCCACCCACCUCUGGGAACAGGGGGACGGGGGGGAUGGGG